AUGAGUUUUGAAGAGGUGAUUUCGAGCCUCAAGACGGAGAUGCUGGAACCCGUGCUCACCCAACCGGUCCAAGCCCAGCCGGAACGCAAAUUCAAAUGCUCUCAAUGCCCCAAAUCGUUCAAAUACCGGCACCAUCUUCAAGAACACAACCGAAUCCACACCGGCGAGAAACCAUUUCAGGUAAGUGCGACUGGUCAAGUGUGGUCGGGAUUAGUGUGGGCUUGACACUUUUGUAAUGAAUGGAGGGGUGGAUUGUCAAUUUGGUGUUAUGAAGUGGCUUAGGAAAUUGGGGUUUUUCUGAGGGAGGGGGGUGAGGGGGAGGAUUUAAAAAAUUUUUUGAAAAAAUGAAAAUUUUUUGCUUGGUCCGCCCUGUAGAUUUUUUAAUGAUUUUUUUUAUUUUAAAUAAAAAAAAUGCUUGAAAUUUCUAAAAUUAGUACUAAAAGCCCUAGGUGAAUCUUAUUUACCUAAUCUUCACAACUGUUUUAAUUCUUCCCCAUUCAAAAUUCUUGUCAACUCAACCACCCCAAACUAAACCCACCAUAUCUCAUUUUCCUCCUUGGACUAGUACAGAGAGUGUUAAUACCCUUAAUUGAUCGUCUCUUGAAAUAUCGCGGGAUUAGGUCCAAUCAAAAAAUGUUGUUUUUCGAAUUGGCAAAGUCAAUCUGGCGGAAGAAAUCGAAAUUAAGGCGAGAAGACGCUUGCGCAUGUAAUCUAAUAAGUGUGCAGAUCCGAAGGCGACACAGGUUUAUUUUAGGGCAAAUUUUAAGGUUUGAGUUGGCAUGGCUUUGGAGAACUUUGAAACGGUCUUUAAAGCCUAAGGUGGGCCAUGGGCAGGGCAAAAAUUAGAAGGAAAAGGCUGGGGAAUUUUGAAUUUUAGGUAACAUUUUCAUAGAAAAAUAAGGAAAGAACAAAUUUUCAAUUCAAUUUUCAUAAAAUUUUGAAAUUUUCACAAAAGUGCAAAAUUCAUACACCUUUCGACCAAGCCCAACCAUCCCCAACCCAAGGUUGGAGUUGUUAGGACAUAAACAAUCCCAACGGUUUUGUGGCUUCAUAAACUUUGCGUCCCCCCUUCCCUAUCGCUCCUCUCGCACCACCUGCAACUUAAUUUCCGCUCAGCGACGACAAGUUGAAGUGAGGGGGGUCGUUCGCCAAAACGAAGAAGGGGGGGGAGGAGGAGCCGUGCCUAAAAUAAGGUCCGCGGACCUGGCCAUACACUUUUUGCGGUGCGCCUUUAAUCAGCUCGAAGGUGCUCCACGGCCCUUUCUUUCGGCCGUUCUCUCCUUAAAUUGGUCCGACGGCGCUUCUUCGUGUUCACCUUGGAGGCUGGAGAGGGGGGGGCUUUUUCAUGCUUACGGUUAAGAUUGGGGAAAGGCGAGAAGGGAAAAAGAGAGCAGGUAGAAGGUUCGAAUGGCCAAUAAAGGGCCUUACCUUGGAGUCUCAAGCUCUGGUCAAUCGUUUUUACCUUUGCUUUUGGCCGAAAAGGCGGCCAUUGGAGGGCAAAUUGGGUGUCUUAUGUAAAGAGUGGGGAUUGGUGUUGUCAAGGUAACUACAAAGUACCGUAAAACAGUGAGAUUAGGCUACUGAGUACGGUAAAUCGGGCAUUUUUGGUUUCCUUGGUUACCUGUGUCCAAUGAAGGCUUUAGUUACUGUAGGGCGAUUCAAAAAGUUUACAGUAUCCACAUUCUAUGGUAAUUUGUUUUACAUUUUUACCUUCCCCCUCCCUCCGCCCCUCUCACCUUUGACCCUUUUCAAAAAAAAUACCGUACUUCAGCCCCCCCCUCCUCCUCCGCGAAUACCGUAUAGCACACCUUUUAGACAAUAGUCGGAGGGACAUGUCCCCUCUGGCAGAAUAGCCCCCCCCUCCCUUCUCUAUCUAAUUAACGCAUUAAAUCCUAUUUGUUGAAGAGGGCCCCCCUUUUGCGCACGUGCAUCUGAACAUGGAAGCAGGUCGAAUGCCCCAGGCGGGUCUUGAUGAGCUUGUGCGAGUGGAAUGGGGCCCAUGAUUAAGGCCAUUAUCCCGCACUUUCUUCGCUACCGGAGAUUCGUUUUUGGGUCCCUUGAGGGUCCAAUUACCGGUCCGCCGAUCUUUACUCCGCGUAAUGAUGAGGCACUCGGCUGAUGACCUUUUUCUAAUUUACCGUAGCACCGUUGGCGACGUGGUUGUCGUGUCAUAAUCAGUGGAAUUGGAAAAACACUUUCAAUUUCUAAAGUUUUUAAAAUUUAAAAAAAAGUUUUAUUACAUAAAAUUAAUCUAAAUAAGCUUCUUUUCUCUGUAGUAUCACACAAACCACUAUAAUAUCAAUGCACCUUAUAUUAUCAUGCCCUUUACCAUGUUCUUCAUCACAAAACCUCAAUUUCAACAAAUUACUCCACCAUUAACCCCACUAAAGUCAUCAUCAUUUCAGUGCAAGUUCUGUAUGAAACGCUUCUCCCACUCAGGCUCCUACUCGUCCCACAUGAGCAGCAAGAAGUGCACUCUUCAGCAUCAACAACAACAACAAGUGCAGAAAGGUCAGCCUCCAAGUGUGAUGAACUCGCUGUCCGACCAAAUCAACUUUUACCGCAUGUUAUGUUCGUAUCGCGGCUACCCGAUGAUGCCGUUCGGGAUUCAGCCAUCGGUGAAUCCGUACGCUGCGCUACUGCAGUCAGCCGCUUCAUUGGCCGCAAUGAAUGCGAAAGAAGGGAAGGAGAGUGAGGAGAACAAGAAGGUGGAUGCCAUGAAUACGUUCGCUCAACAAAUCGCUGAUAAGGUCGGUUUUUUGAUGAGAUCAGAAUGUUUUUUAAUUUUGUUACCUAAAAUUUUCUUAAACUUUUUUUGUUGUUGUUUCUUUGAAAUCUUUCUGAACAAUAUCUUCUGUUGGCCUACUAUAACAUACCAUAAACUUCACUUUUCAGUCAGAAAACAUCAAGUCCAACAGUGCCACAGAAACCCUGCUGGCCUUGUUCAAAUCAGUGGGUGAUAAGUGUGAAAAGAUGGAAGAAGACGCCACGAACGGUGGCAGUGAAUCCUCGGCUUCUGAAAUCCGAUCGGCUUCAGAAGAACCAAUGGAAUCCAUCAGUUCGGAUGAAAUCGAAUCUAAUGGCAACAAGGUUGAUGAUAAGGCUAUGAAGGUAAGCCUUUUUAAUUUUUUUUUAAAUUUAAAAGUGUAAAAAUGGAUUUUUUGAUUUUAAAAUUGAAAGAAUUAAAACUUUUAUCCUUAUUAUGGUGACUUUUGAAAAAUUUCAAAUCAAAAUUUGUUUAAAAUCAAAUUAAAAUUCGAAAAACUGUAGGUACCGUGGGAUACAUUUGUCGUUCGUUUACGGAAACUUUUGUCUAUCCGCCCAACUUUUUGGCCCAUUCAUUUGACUAGGUGGUCCUGAAGCACUUCCGAAGCCUACAAAAGAUUCUCUUUGAAAUUCAAAACACCUACCGUCUGUAUUCAAAUAAAAAAAUUUCGAAAAAAGCUUUACCGUCCUCUGAAUCAAAAAAAGUUUAAAAGGAUGGUGAGGCCUCAUCUAGAGCAAUAUAGAUAAGGUCUCACAGUAGACAUGGUAUAAAUAACUUGAAAAAAGUCUUCACAGUCUAAUUAUAAAAAUCUUUUGCAGCUUUGGCCAAACAGUUCCAUGUCAUCAAAAGCCAGCCGGCUGUCAGCAAUUUCCGAAAGAUUGUCUCGAAAUGCGCUGAAAACUGCCUCCAGUGAAGUGAAAGUAAAGGACGAGGAUCAGGUAAAGACUUUUACAAUCUAUUGAAUAGUUGGAUAUUGGGUCAUGACUAAGAUAUUGAAUAAUCAAUAUCAACACCCUAAGAAAAUUUAAAAAAACCGAUUUGAUAGCUAAUUUAAUUUACAUAAAUAAGCGCCAGGUAAUCCCCCCUCCCCAUAUCCAAUAAAAACACUUUUUACAAAUUACUCGCACCUGCUUCUGUUUAUGCUGUCGUAAUGGAAUCCAACUGUGUACCACAUAAAUCUAAUAUAAUUUAAUUUGCAUAUUCUGUCCGCAGAGUCUAGUUUGCACAUUAAAAAUUACAAUCUGGAAUCUCUGAAUUAGCAUAAAAAUUGUUUUUACAGUGAAAAAUGUUGUAAAGUAGCUAUUGAGGUGGGCAAAGGGGAAAAAGGUUGUUGUUUUAGUGAAAGUUGGAAAAAUAGAAAAAGUCAUCAUUAUCUUACCUAUUAAUAUAAUUUUGCUACCUAAAAUUCUCGAAAAUAAAACAUUAAGUUGUCCAAAAAGUAAUGAGCUACUGAUAAUACCUGUUUUCUUAUCAAGAACCACCUUAUACCAAACAUACCUAAAAACAAAGGUAAAACUAAAAAAUAAACCUUGCAGAUGACCGAAGUAACCUCAGACACCCCGCUUGAUCUCAGCAUCCGUUCCCAAAGCCCGUUGAGUUCGGCCGAACAAAGCCCUGAGGGCUUGUGGAACUUUGUGAAGAAAGAAUGCGAAUCCAUCACGGAGAAGUUGCAGAAAGCCAAUGGCCUCUACAACAUCGACAACAUUUCAUCUGCUUCUCCAAAUGGCACUGAAGUCACUUGUGCUGAAACUGUGUCCAGUGAAACACCGAGCAUCAAAUCAGAAGGCUCAGGAAUCUGGCCAUCAGCUUCGUUGUUCCUUUCCCAGUAUUCUUUGCUUGGAAAUGGCUUCAGCGAUUGGCAAACCGUUCUUGAGGUAAGUUAAGGACUUGUUUAGAGCUUUGGGAUGUUUAUGAGACUUCUUUUGUUGUUAUCAUCCGUAUACAAUGGUUUCUUGUACUGGCUCUUAUCCCAAAAUAACAAUUUUUCAACUUUUUUAGAUCAUUAUUGUUAUAAAAAGUGUUAAAAAAAACGUUAUUAUAAACAAUUUAAAAUAUUAUAGUAGACUAAUAUUAUGAAUUUUACAGCAAAACGACGCUGGAAGAACCUCCCAAUCUCCAUCCAACGCUUCCACCAAGGCCAACGUCAAGUUGGACAGCGAAGGCAUCUACACCUGCGACCAAUGCGACAAGACCUUCAGCAAACAAAGCUCAGCCAAACGUCACGCUUACGAACACUCCGGUCAACGUCCCUACAAGUGCGAUAUGUGCCCUAAGGCGUUCAAACACAAGCAUCACAAGGCCGAACACUUAAGGCUGCAUACUGGAGAGAAACCUUUCCAAGUAAGUUUUAUAUUAUUAUAGUUGACUAAAAGUUCAUUAUAAGUUAUUAUAACACAAUUCUGAAAACUUUUUGACCGGAAAAAUCAUUAUCCUUUUAAAACUAACAUCUUCAUGCUAUUGUGCACUAAAAUCAUAAGCUUUCUGAACAAUAUCCACUGUUCCUAUGAUAAAACCGCCAGACAUUGAUGACCUGGCCUUAAAACCGGAGGACGCUCGGCCAUUAAUCUUCUCACAUGCCAGCCUCUAAUUAGUUAUGUGUCCAUAAGGAGAGUCAACCCUUCCCCAGGUUCCCGUAAUUUAUUCAGGACCUCGGUAUCCUCCCGAAGAUCCGCGCCGCCAAAGCCCUACAAAUGGUAUUAGCUCGGGGGAUUUGGUGACCUUUACUUUGGCAAGACGUUUAAGUACCUUAUGCUUCUUUGAAUACUAAGCAAAUGAGGUCAAAGAUUUCGGAAAAGCUUGGAAAACUUGAAAAAUUAAUUUAAAUUGGCAAAAAUUUCGAAAAUUCUUUAAAAUUUGAUAAAAAAAUUAAAAGCAAAAUUUUGGGAUGAAAUGCCUGCCAUUUCUAACCAUAACAUCCUUAACAAGCUAGAUAUAAAUCUAAAAAUUGGUCACAAUGAAUUACAUUCAUUUUGACAUCAAAUGCAAAAAGAAACCUCUCAAAACUCCCUCUCGUUUAAAAGUUACAGUAAUUUUACCGUAACCUACUUUUUAUCCAAAACACUCGAAAAAACGUAAAAAUUUACUAAAAAACCCAUUUUAAUCCAAAGGACAAAGACUAAUUAAACCUUUUUUAGUGUGACAAAUGCCUGAAACGAUUCAGCCACAGUGGCAGCUACUCGCAGCAUAUGAACCAUAGAUACUCGUACUGUAAACCCUACAGACAGCCCGAAGUCAAAGUGGAAAACCGAGAAUUGGGCCUAUAA